UUAUAAAACACCCGCAGAAUAUAAUUAUACCGGAUGUAACCUCGCAAAAUUAUUUUAUUCACUGUCAUGGAGCGUGGUUUUAAGUGGUGAUAAGUGGUUCAGUUUAAAAUUAAAACUGAUAAGUACUAAAAACUCGUAUAAAAGCUCUCUCAAUGAUUCAAUAACAAACAAAAUGUUUAAAUCACUAAUCAUCACAAUUGUUCUUCUGGGGUUUCUCCACUCCACCCUAGCCCAAUGUGACACUCCUAGUCCCACAACCGCGAGUGGUACUCACGCUCCAGCAGGUCCUUACUGUUCCGGUGAUCUUAUUUUCGAAGAUGAAUUUGAUGAAUUUGAUUUGAAAAAGUGGAGCCAUGAAAAUACUCUAGGAGGUGGUGGUAAUUGGGAAUUUGAAUGGUACACCAACAGCCGGUAUAAUAGUUACAGUGAAGAUGGCAUUUUGUACAUCAAACCAACAUUGCUUGCUGAUGAAACAGGAGAAGAGUUUUUGUCGUCUGGGCAUCUAGAUAUCAAUGGAGGUUCUCCGGCUGAUGAGUGUACUAACCCCCAGUUUUAUGGAUGCAUCAGAGAUGGUACCCCAACCAAUUACCUCAACCCUAUCAAAAGUGCUCGCAUACGCACUGUCUAUUCGUUUUCUUUCAAAUAUGGCAAAGCUGAAAUAAGAGCGAAAGCGCCAGCUGGUGAUUGGUUGUGGCCUGCAAUUUGGUUCUUACCUAGGUGGAAUCUUUACUCCGGUUGGCCCAUUUCCGGUGAAAUUGAUUUGAUGGAAAGCCGAGGAAAUCGCAACUUAGUUAACGGUUCCGGAGUCAACAUCGGAACACAGAUGGUCGGCUCGACACUUCAUUGGGGCCCUGGUUCGAAUUACAACAUGUACAUGAUCACACACACCGAAAAACUAAACCCUAAUGGUUUUGACAGCGACUGGCAUAACUAUCAGAUGACAUGGGACGAAAAAAGUAUCUCUUUUGCUAUUGAUAAUGAGCCGUUAGCCAGAUUCGAGCCACCAGAAGGAGGAUUUUGGGAAUGGGGUAAUUUUGAUUCGACCGGUUUGGACAAUCCUUGGAAACAUAGCAAGUCCAAAUUGGCACCGUUCGAUCAAGAGUUUUACAUUAUUUUGAAUUUGGCGUGUGGAGGAACGGCUUAUUUCCCAGAUGAUGCAACUAAUCCUGGAGGCAAACCGUGGGUUAAUACGUCACCAACAGCUUCUACGGAUUUCUGGAAGGGAAAAGACCAGUGGUUGCCUACAUGGCAGUUGGAGACCGAUAAUGCCGCUUUCAAAAUUGAUUAUGUAAAAAUUUGGGCUCUGUAAUUAUUGUAAAUUUGAUUUUGUAAUUAAAAUAAACUUCGUAAAAUAUAUUAAUUUUUUAUUCAAGUUAG